GUAAACAGCAUUCAUCACAGGAGAAAUCAGUUUGUAGAACGCUCAGCGAUUGUACCUGGAAGUCACUUGGGAAUUGCUUAAACCUAUUUUAUUGUACACGAUGGAACUUCUAAAGGGUAUACUAACCACAGUGUUUGUUUUACAUAUUAUAAAGGCAAAUGCCCAAUCAACUCCGGGCCAAAAUGCAACUAUAGAUGAAGAACAAGAACUGAGGACGAUGCUCAAAACUGUGCUAGACCAAAACAGGAAACUUGUUUUACAAAACAAAAGAUUGCAACAGGUAUGGGCGGGAAUGCAACAGAUGUGUAAGGCUCUAAGCAUGUCUACAUGUAAUUGCAGUGAACCCGAAACCAGCACAUCAAGCGUGAAAAACACAAACAGCAACGAUACAGUUACAACACAAAGUGUGCACAAUAAAUCAGCAUUGCCGCUUCAAGUGGUAUCAAUAAAAUCAUCGGGAGUGAAUUCCGACCUAACUACUGUCAGCAUAAUGUACAGUGCCAGCCCUGAUCACACAACGGGAUGGAUUGGCCCGAGAACAAAUGGCGGAAUGUGGAGAACAAGUGGCAGAAAGACACAAGCUUUUCCCGGAAGCGCAUUAUAUACAUCAACCGUUGAUAUAGAGCAGAUUCAAUCUAUACGUUCAUUAUUUUUCCGUUUAUACGAUGAUGAACAAAGCCUUAGUGUAAAACUAAACCUUACAGAAAUUGAAAAGCCCCAACAACAAAACGUUACAGCACCAGUAGAAGGUUUGCUACAGGUCAACAGCAGCUACAUGGCACCUCUGGAUUCAGAUUUGAAUAUCACAGCUAUCGUCAAUAAAGACACUAGAGACUUCCAGGCAAUCGAUUUUUUAGAAAUCUUCCUUACGGGUCUGAAUACAAGCGCUAAUCCACCAGAAGUAUUUGAAAUAUUGAACUUUAACUCAGAAGUUAUCGAUGUGAGUAUAUCGAGGCGAACAGAUACAACAACAAACAUGGUUAUAACUAUCAGAUAUCCUUCCAUACAAUAUGGUGGAAUACUAGCAGUGCUCUUGCCUUAUCGCGAGGCAAUGUCAGGAAUGGUUGAACGGUUGUUUUACGGAAAUUCCAUUAAGAUAUAUGCUCCAGAUUCCAAAGAGGUUUUACCUCGAAACACUAUAGGUGUAUUUCCUCUCGCACAGCAGACGGUUAUAUUUCCACCAGCACAGAGUAUAAUGUGUGCGGCGAUGGGGAAUCCGCGACCCAAUGUAGCUAUACUGAAAGUUGUUAAUAAUGGCAAAACAAAAGAGCUGGAAACAGAAACUUUCAUUUCGGACAGCUAUACGAACAGUAAGGUCCUCACUUUGGCAGCCAAACGACCAAGAAAGGAAGAGGGUGUUUAUAUUUGUAGGGCAACAAAUGGUAACCAGACAGUAAACGUAUCAACUGAAGUUGUCGUUCUUAAACCAGCAGUGUUUGACGAAAACAAGACCGGUGUGAUGAAAAAUACCAGCAAGAUAAUUGUUAUUUCUUGUAAGGCAAAGGGAAAGCCUAAACCGAAACUGGGACUACGUCUGUAUGAUGAAUACGGUCCAGAUUUGAUUAGAUCAGGAAUGUAUCAGGUUUCGAAAUCAGUAGAAACAAACGUUGCAUCUCGGGUGACUUUAUCCAUUUCGCCAAGAGAUGAUCAUGAUAUACAUACAGUGUAUUGUGUGGCGGCCCAAGGAGACGCGAACGGAUCAUUCGAAAUUAGCCAUAAAAUCAAUGUUUACCCUGGCGUGGAUAGGGAAAACAAUUGGGAACUCUACCAACGUGUUCAAGAAUCACAGGUCUUUUAGAAAUUUAGAAUUAAUCUUGUCCUAUAUCUAAAAUGAUAUUGUAUUUUUAUAACAUUAUAAGAAAACAUUUUACAUAUUGUAAUAUGACAGUGCUCAGACUACAUGUACUUAUGUUUAACUCGAGUACUGAUGCUUUGAACUUCCUGGCUUUGUGUUACAAAAGAAAAGUAAUAAAUGGUAUCUGACGUAUGUCAACUUCUGCUAAAUCAGUCAGAUAUUAAUGGAUUUGUCAGCAGAGCUCCGAUAGAGUGAUUCGUAACAAGAACUACUCUACUUUGACAAGGAUAGCGACCAUGUUGUUUGUACAUACACAUAGUAUUAAAGUAUAAAUGUGUUGCCGUCGCGACAAAAUUUAACUUUUUACACUUUAAGACAUAAAAAUGUCAUUCAGUCGCAUAAAGGGCAUAGGUGAUAUCACCUAACGUCUAUGAGAAAUUGAUUAAAAUGAAAUGAAACAUGGUUCACUGCAGCAUAUAAUGACCGAGGCUAGCUUCAUUACAUACAAAAAAAUAAUACCUUUAUAUACCUUACAAGAUUCGUUAAGCUUUUGUAUAUAAACUUCUACGUAGAAAGAUGUGAUGAUUAUUUUCAAUAAACGGGAUGAACUGUUA